AUGGACGGUAGCGGAAAGGGACCUUCUUCCGCGCCUGAAGGCGGUGGUUCCUGGCCCGGCGGACCGAAUCGGCCCCGUGACGGCCCUUACGGCGGGGGCGGCGGCGGAGACAGCGGGCUAGGCGCAGGCAGAGAUAUGGGCGGACCUGGCGCUGGGAUGGGACCGGAGGGAACGGGGGGUAUGGGGAUGAUGGGCAUGGGACCCAUGGGCGGAAUGGGGAGUAUGGGAGGAACGGGGGGGGUGGGGGUUUCAGGUUAUGGGUUUGAUCCGAUGUACCCGCAAGGGUACGGCGGAGGAGGAGGAGGCGGAGAUUCGUCGCGGAAGUGGGGAAAAGGGGAGGGAUCCGCGGAAGGUAGCGCGCAGGCGGGAUCUGGACCUGGUAUGGGAGGCAUGGCCGGGCCUGGAGGUAUGGGAGGGUCUGGGCACGGUAUGGGCCCUGGAGGUAUGGGCUCAGGUAUGGGUUUUGGCAUGGAUGGGGGCGCGCGGGGAGGGGGAGGCGGAGGGGGGUGGGGAAUGGGGGGCAUGGGGGGAAUGUCAGGCAUGGGGAACAUGGGCAUGGGCGGGAACAUGGGCGGAGGCAUGGGGAUGGGAAUGGGCGGAGCGGGCGGAAUGGGGAUGAACAUGGGAUUCGGUCCUGGCCCAGGGGGAAUGGACGGGCCUGGCGGAUGGGCAGGCGGAGGGGGAGGAAGAGGGGGAAUGCCUGGCGGCAUGGGCGGAGGGGGAGCGGGAGGCGGAGGGGGAGGUGGGGGUGGAAUUGGGGCCGGUGCAGGGGGAGGCGCAGGACCAGGUUCCGGAGGGGGCGGUGGAGGCGCUGGGAUGGGCGGAGGAGGGCCAGAACCGGGUGGUAUACCACCACGAGCGCCGCACUCUGGGCCAGCGAACGGGCCUGUACGAGGAGGGAUCUUUUAUCGCACGAAGAUGUGCGUGAAGUUCCGCAAUGGCGUGUGCCCGUACGUGACCAACUGCAACUUCGCCCACACGCAGGAGGAGCUGAGAAGGCCCGUGCCCAGCUGGGGCGGGGAUGACAUGGCGGCACGCAAAGGCGCGGGGGAUGGCAGGGGGCCGGCACGGGGAGGUGACGGAGGAGGGGGAGGAGGCGGGGGUGGUGGUGCUGAAGGGAGUGCGGAUGGAGUGAGACGGGAUGGCCGACCGCCAGAGCAGCAGCAGCAGGCAGCACAAACGUCAGAGGCACAAGAGCCCGCCAGCAAGGCAACGCCUGGUGCUGCUGGCGAAGGUGCCGGUGGGGUUGGUGGCACUGCCAAGGGAGGGGUGCCUGGGGAAGGAGCAGGGGGAGGAACCGGGCCUGCAGGGGCGGACGCUCCUUCUGCAUCAGCUGCUGCUGCUGACAGUGCUGGUGGGGGAGGGGGAGCGGGUGGGGGAGGGGGAGGGGGAGGGGGAGGGGGAGGGGGAGGAGGGAAUGUGGGCAUGGGGGUGACGGGGAAGCCACCCAACUGGCGCACGCGCAUGUGCCACCGGUGGGAGAUGACGGGCAACUGCCCCUUUGGUGACAAGUGCCACUUCGCCCACGGGGUUCACGAGCUGCAGCGAUAUGGGGGAGGGCCCAUCGACCCAUCCAUGCUGCCGCCGCCCUAUGCCGACCAGUUUCACCGCAUGGGGCCCGGCAUGCCCCCCAUGGGCACCAUGGGGGGGCCAAUGGGCGCACUGGGGGGAGGCCUUGGGGGAAAUGUCCCCCCUGACUUCCUCCCGUAUGGGCCUGGCGGUGGGCCUGCGGGUGGGCCUGGUUUUCCCGGUGCUGCUGGGAUGGGAGGGGGUGGGGUUGGAGCGGGGCCUUUUCUCCGGCCUCCUCCUAUAGGGUUUGGUCCUGGGGGUGGGGCGAUGGGGAGAGGAGGGCCCAUGCCUGGCCAGGGAGGCUCCUUUGCUGAUGGUAGGCAUGGGAUGGGAGGCGGUUUGGCGGGUUUGGGAGGUGGUGGUGGCAGAGGGAGGGGGAGAGCGGAGGGUGGGAGAGGGUUGAGUGGUGGGGUUAGGAUGGAGAGAGAUGGUGUGAAUUUGUUAUAUGGGGAUUGGGUUGAGGAGGAUGAGUGGGCAGGGAAGGAAGGGGACGAGGGCGAGGAAGUGGAGGGGGAAUUUGAGGGUGGGAGGUUACUGGACGAUGGGUGUGAUGAGUUGUUUGCAUGGGUGUGGCAUAAGGAAAUGGAGCAUAGCAUUGAGAAGGAGAGUGGUUUGGACAUUACAUUUGAAAGCCUUUUGCAGGGGGGUGGGGGAUCACACUUUCUAUCGAUGCCUAGAAGGAAAGCCAAAGUAAUUAAGGCUAGUGGUAACAGAGUGGUUCCUUAUAUGCUGAAGGCUCCAUGUACGUUUUAA